AUGGCUCCUGCUGGCCUGAGCCUAGGGGCUGCCGUGCUUUGCCUCUUGGCCUGGGCUGGCCUGGCUGCUGGCGACCGGGUGUAUGUACACCCCUUCCACCUCCUCGUCUACAGCAAGAGCAACUGUGACCAGCUGGAGAAACCCAAUGUGGAGACACCUCCAGACCCGACUUUCACACCUGCACCCAUUCAGUCCAAGUCAUCCCCAGUGGACGAAGAGGCCCUGUGGGAACAGCUGGUUCAAGCCACUGAGAAGCUAGAGGCUGAAGAUCGGCUGCGGGCCUCAGAGGUGGGGUUGCUGCUCAACUUCAUGGGCUUCCACAUGUACAAGAUACUGAGUGAGACAUGGGGUGUGACCAGUGGGGCUGUGUUCUCCCCAGUGGCCCUCUUCAGCACCCUGGCCUCUUUCUAUGUGGGGGCCUUAGGCCCCACGGCCAGCAGACUACAGGCAUUCCUGGGCGUCCCUGGGGAGGAUCAGAGCUGCACCUCCCGGCUGGAUGGCCACAAGGUCCUGUCCUCCCUGAAGACCAUCCAGGGUCUUCUGGCCACCCAGGGUGGGGCCAGCAGUCAGGCCAGGCUGCUCCUGUCCACGGUGGUUGGCCUGUUCACAGCCCCUGGCCUGCGCCUGAAGCAGCCCUUUGUGCAGGGCCUCUCUUCCUUCGCCCCCAUCACUCUCUCACGCUCACUAGACUUGUCUACAGACCCAAACCUCGCUGCUGAGAAGAUCAACAGGUUCAUGCAGGCAGUGACGGGGUGGAAUAUGGGCAAACCCCUGACAGCAGUCAGCCCAGAUAGCACCCUGCUCUUCAACACCUACGUCCACUUCCAAGGAAAGAUGAAGGGGUUCUCCCUGCUGCCAGGGCUCAAGGAGUUCUGGGUGGACAACACCACCUCAGUGUCGGUCCCCAUGCUCUCUGGCACCGGGACCUUCCACUACUGGAGCGACAGCCAGAACAACCUGUCCGUGACCCGCGUGCCCCUGAGUGCCAGCACCUACCUGAUCCUCGUCCAGCCGCACCACGCCCCCGACCUGCGAAAGGUGGAGGCCGUCACCUUCCAGCACAACUUCCUGACGCGAAUGAGGAAUCUCUCUCCUCGGGCCAUCCACCUCACCAUGCCCCAGCUGACACUGAAAGCGUCCUAUGACCUGCAGGACCUGCUUGCCCAGGCCAAGCUGCCUACCCUGCUGGGCGCCGAGGCAAACCUGGGCAAAAUCAGCGAUGCCAACCUUAGAGUUGGAAAGGUGCUGAACAGCGUCCUUUUUGAACUAAAAGCAGAUGGAGAGCAGGCCCCAGAGUCCGUCCCACAGCCCGCCGGGCCAGAGGCCUUGGAGGUGACCCUCAACAGCCCGUUCCUGUUGGCUGUCUUGGAGAGAAACUCAGCCGCCCUACACUUCCUGGGCUGCGUGUCCAACCCGCUGAGUGCAGAGUGA